ACAGAGACAAGGAGAAAGCAGAGAGAGAGAGAGAGAGAGUACAGAAGGAUAUAUUGACUCAAAGCUGGUCUGCAUGCUCCACAGAGUGUGAGAGACAGAGGAUGUGAGAGCAGGCAAGAUGGAGUGCUGGCACAGAUGAAGACUGUCCCUGGUCCCGUCUGACAGUCCACAUGAGUGUCUCCAAGCCCCCACCGCCACCCUCAACCUCCCACCUGGCCAUCCCCCCUUCCUCCGCCUCCACCCCUUCCUCGUCCGCCUCCUCCCCCUCGGCGACGCCCCACUCUAUCGCCCCGCCCCCGCCCUCGCCGGUCAAAAUCUCUAUGCAGGAGCACUUUGCCAUUAACGUGUGCCCAGGGCCCAUCCUCCCCAUCCCACAGAUCUCAGACUUCUUCCCGCGUUUCCACGACUACCCCUGCACGCCGCCACCUCCCAGGGAGAAGAAGAUCCUGAAAGAGGAGACUUUCAAUGGGGAGACGGGCGGAGGGUACAAGGAUGGCGAGAGAAGAGGGGAGAAUGAGGGAGACAGGGAGGAGCUGAUCGACUCUGAUGAUGAUGACACCUACCUGGGAACGCUGGAGUUCAACCUGCUCUUUGAUCAAGAAAACAACUGUCUGCAUUGUACUAUUCACAAGGCAAAGGGACUGAAAGCCAUGGACUCCAAUGGGCUGGCUGAUCCAUACGUCAAGCUGCAUCUUCUCCCUGGGGCUAGCAAGGCAAACAAACUACGCACAAAAACCCUGAAAAACACACUGAAUCCUGUGUGGAACGAAACGCUGGUGUAUCACGGCAUCACUGCAGCAGACAUGACCACCAAAACGCUCAGGCUGUGCGUCUGUGACAUGGACAGACUAGGACGAAAUGAAUUCAUCGGAGAGGUGAGAGUGGCUCUGAAGAAACUGAAAGAAGGCGAGAGCAAACGCUACAACAUGGGCCUGGAGAGAAUUGCACAGAAUAAAGAAACUAACAAUCAAACACAGGAGCAGGGAGCGCUAGUUGCAGAAGAGGAGCGUGGCCGCAUCCUGGUGUCACUGUGCUAUAACACGGAGAAGGGCUGCUUGCUGGUUGGGAUCAUACGCUGCGCCCAUCUGGCCGCCAUGGACUCCAACGGCUACUCUGACCCCUUUGUCAAAACCGUCUUACAGCCAGAUAUGGGGAAAAAGUCCAAAUACAAGACUUCCGUGAAGAAAAAGACUCUCAAUCCCGAAUUCAAUGAGGAGUUUUCAUAUGAAGUAUCCUUGGACCAGCUGGCGAAGAAGACCCUGGAGAUCACUGUGUGGGACUAUGACUUGGGAAUGAGCAACGACUUCAUAGGAGGAGUGGAGCUGGGCAUCAAUGCGAGCGGAGAGAGACUCAGACACUGGUUCGAGUGUCUCAAAAACAAAGGGAAGAAAGUCGAGUACUGGCAUACGCUCACGCAGCAAGGAGCCCCAAGCAGUGACAAACCGGACUAGAUUAUACAAGACAUUCAUAAUACAAACGCAUAAAUGCACACACAUGCAAAUGCACUAUACCACACACACACACACACAUAUUUAUGUCUCACUGAACGAUGGCCGAUAACAGAAUGUGAGUAAGGAAGAAAUAAGAACAAAGGAUAAAACAUGCAAUAACAAUACUGAUUAAAAUCUGUCUCAUAUUGCCAAUAAAUACGGCGCAGAGUAUUAGUAUAUGAUAUUCAUACUAAUAUUAGUGAUGGUAAUAAGGUGUAAUCUGAAUACUUUUCUUUUCCAAGGUAAACCAAAUUGUGACAAUGUCCUCAUUAAAGUGUUGACGUAACAAAACAAAGCUCACUAAAUUGUGCUUUAGACCGUACCGUAUUGUAGAAGUUGCUCAUGUCCAUUCAAAUUUUAUGCAUAAUGACCAGAUUUGAGACUAAUGCACUCAAAAUUCAUUCAGUGAAAGUACCUGACAGUAUGUGCACCCUUUGUGACUCAUUAUGUGGUACGCAGAUGCAGGAGCGGGGGGGGGAGGGAUGUUACGAAAGGAUGAUUGUCGUGAGAAGUCUCUUAUCUUCGUGGAUGUCUAUCUAAUGCAAAACAACACACCGUAUUAUAAAGCACAAAAAGAUCCGUUGGGUGGAUUUCUACCUUUACCUUUUCAUUGUUUUUAUGUAUUUUCAUUGUCUUCUGGUGACAGUGGUGUUUUAUCCACCUUCACAUGAGACGAUAAUGUGUCAAAAUGUGCGCGUGCGUGAAGGCUGUGAGACUAUGAGUGCCUGCUUUUUCUGCCUGUGCAGCGUCUGUUAAUCUGUAUUCACGUCAUGCCCCAUUCAAAACGUCUCCAUCCGAAUUCAGAAGCGCAGAGGUGCGAGGGAAUGUUUUUUAAAAAAGGACAAAAGAGAGAAAUCCUCUGUUACCACCGCAGGCCUCAGUGGUACGAGUGCGCUUGGCCACUUGUUCCAGGCCUUUGCUAUCUCUGUCUCCCACUGCCAGAAAGCCAAAAGAGCAACUUUAAGAAAGGCAAAUACUGUGGUGCGUAACCUUUGACUGCUCCUGUCUGAUGAAAGCCCAAAGCUGUGUCCACAGCAGGCAAAACGAUGUCUUUCAGAGUAUCCUGCACUGUGUUGCAGCAUUUCUGAAACAAAUUUCAUCUGGAUUCAAGACAGUUUACCUCAGUGACUGUAAUUUUUGCUCCAACAGAAACACCAGUUAUGCAACAUCUUCUUUCGUCAGUGCGGUGUCACAUAUUUUGAAUUUAAAGAUACAGGAAUUUGAUUAGUUCGGUUAUCUGAUUUUUAUAAACAGCUCGAAAAGGUUCCCUAACCCACAUCUGCACGACCUCAGACAUUCGAUAUUGGUAGAAGACAUCUGGCUGAAGGUGAGAUCAGCCAUCAGAGGGAGUCAGUGUUUCGUCUGAUUGUCCCGUUAUUUUUGACCUGUUAAAUAUCAGGUCUCUUCUAAAUCAUCUACACGUCUAUUAAACACAGGAAUUCCUGUUCAGAUAAAACUUUGCUUUUGGUACAAGAGCCUUCCUAUAAUUUAACCU